UGGGAACCGGGGACCUAAAACUCAAUACUACUUCAGAAGCGCGAAGCAUGUAAAAGUUGGAAUAGAUCAUAUGAAAAAAUUCGUACACAGACUCUGUACUCUGUAGCUUUGUGAAUACGAGAAGAAGACUGAGGAGAGAUCAAAACCUAUUCUUCUGGUUAUGGCGUCUCUGAUCUCGGAUAAUGAACCGCCGACGAGUACUCCUACAGAUCUCGUUUGGAGGAAGAAGAAGAAGAAGAGAUCCUCUGUUUCCUCCGCCGCAACGUCUAGCACAAGUGCAGCUUCCAUCUCCGGUGAGAGCCACACGCGAUGGAGAUCCGAGAAGCAGCAACGGAUCUACUCAGCCAAGCUGAUCCAAGCGCUGCAACAAGUCCGCCUCAACUCUUCCGCCGCGGCGACAUCAUCUCCCACGGCUCAGAAACGUGGCAGAGCCGUCCGUGAAGCCGCAGACCGAGCCCUCGCCGUUUCCGCUCGCGGAAGAACGCUAUGGAGCAGAGCUAUCUUAGCUAACCGGAUCAAACUGAAAUUUCGUAAACAGAAACGUCCGAGAGCGACGACGACGGCGAUCCCGGCCGUGAUGAGCACCACGGUGGUGAACAGCACCAAGAACAACAGAUGGAGAAAACGAAGAGUCUCGGCGGUGGUGAGAUUGAACAAAAAGAGUAUACCGGCUGUAAACCGGAAAGUUCGAGUUCUAGGCCGGUUAGUUCCGGGUUGUGGGAAAGAAUCAGUACCGGUGAUUCUAGAAGAAGCAACGGAUUACAUUCAGGCUCUGGAGAUGCAAGUCAGAGCCAUGAACUCUUUAGCUGAGCUUCUCUCCAGCUACGGUUCAGGCUCAGGCUCAGGCUCAGGCUCACCACCUCCUCCACCGAUUUGAUGAGGUUAAAUUCGUCAUCUUCCCAAUAUUCAUCCUUUUCCUCUUCUCUCUCUCUGUACACCAAAACUUUCAUAUAAAGACAUAUAAAUAGAAGAUUCGGUUUGAGAAUAUAUCAUCUGUCCCAACUGUUGAUUUCUUCUGCUCUGUAACUAAAGGUUAGUAGUGGUUUUGAACUGAUUAAAUAUGAUUAAUUAUAAUAUCCCAAUUUCACGAUC